CCUGCGUCCCUGCGUCCCUGCAUCCCUGCAUCCCUGCGUCCUGGCAUCCCUGCAUCCCUGCGUCCCUGCAUCCCUGCAUCCCUGCGUCCCUGCAUCCCUGCGUCCCUGCAUCCCUGUGUCCCUGCAUCCUUGCAUCCUUGCAUCCCUGUCCUGCAUCCCUGCAUCCUGCAUCCCUGCAUCCCUGCAUCCCUGCGUCCCUGCAUCCUGCAUCCCUGCGUCUCUGCAUCCUGCGCCCCUGCAUCCCUGCGUCCCUGCAUCCCUGCAUCCUGCAUCCCUGCCUCCCUGCCCUACAUCCCUGCGUCCCUGCAUCCCUGUGUCCCUGCAUCCUUGCAUCCUUGCAUCCCUGUCCUGCAUCCCUGCAUCCCUGCAUCCCUGCCUCCCUGCAUCCCUGCGUCCCUGCAUCCCUGCGUCCCUACAUCCCUGCGUCCCUGCAUCCUGCAUCCCUGCGUCCCUGCAUCCCUGCAUCCCUGCCUCCCUGCAUCCCUGCGUCCCUGCAUCCCUGCCGCAGGGAGCGCGGAGAGCGCUGUCGUGCCGGAUGAUGAACCAAGGAGGUGUCAGUACCCUGAGCUGGAGGACUGUGGCUGCAAGAAUGAUCAGCUCCCAGCAGACACUGAUAUAAUGUGGGAUCUGCUGCUCCACCUGUAUGCCUGCCAAUCUACAGGGUCUCAUGGGCCUCAUCCAAAAAUCCUCCGAGAGUUAGCUGAUGUCAUCACCAAAUCUUUCCCAAUUAUUUCAGAGCAGUCUUGGGAACCCAGAAGUGUCCCUGCUGAUGGAAGCUGGUGA